AUGCCAGGGCCAGAUGGAUACAGAGAACCGUGUCCAUGCCAAAACAUUCCUGCAUUUAAAACCUACUGUCCCCCUAAACCUCCGCUUAAGGGUGAGAAAUGGCGCAGAGGGACAGACUUUAUUUUGAAGAGAGAUGUCCAAGAGAAGGACCACCAACACCAGGCCACCCAGAACUCCACAGCAGUACAAAACCCACGCCAAGAAAUUGCCAAUCAUGGUCUGGUCGUUCCCCCAAAGAUAAAACCAAUCCCAAAACCUCGUCUUCUGAAGACACAGUUCCAUGUAGACCAAUCACAGCCUGCCUUUAAUAUCAAUAAUAUUAAUGUGAAUUAUGUUGCACCUGCAUCAGACCCAGCUUGUUCAGAUGGAAAGAAUAAUGGCACUCAUUUGGAAAACUGGAAGAGUCGUCCAAAAACUACCUCACGUAAUUCAAAACGUGUCCCUCCGAGCAUACCUGUACCUCCCAGACCUCUUCCCAAAGAGCCAGAGCAAAUGAUCUCCAUGACGGCACCUAAGAAUGAUAUUGAUGAGGGAGUUUAUAUAGAUGUAGACUCAACACCAGUCCAGUCUGAAUGCUCCAGCUCACCAGUGCUGCCCUGCAGACAAUCAGGUACUGAGGUUUGUCCCACUGCCAAACCCCUUCCACAUUUAUCUCUGUCAAAACCAAUUCCUGCUUACAGGGUCCAGAAUAAAACCAAAAUUACCCCUGAGCACAAUGAAGUUGGGUCACUUAGCAACCCUGUCAGGGAAAGUUUGGUUUCUGAGCUACACGUAAGAUUCUCAGGAGCAAUUAAAGAAAGAGAUUGUAGCACCAAAGUAUUAAAGGCUAAAGGAGAUCACUCUCCCAAAAUGUUUAGUAACUCUCAAUUAGAAAUGUGCUCAUUGCUCUUUCACACCAAAAGACUGACUGAUGGAGAAAGACUAUGUGAAAAUGUAUCCAUCUCAAGUGUUUCCAGUGGAGACAGUCAAGAGGAUGCGAUAAAAUACCAAGAAACAGAUGGGGAGAGUCUCUCUAAGAACUUACUUGAAAUUUCCCAAAAGACUCCAACAAUGCUGCCUCUUCCUGGUUUGGUGGACAAACGGAUUGAAAGCCACACCAAGAGAGACUGGAACUGUAUGUGUGCUGAUACGAAAACAAACUCACUGGAGAACUUAUGGCAAGACCGAAACAUUGUAAGAGACAGUAGAAUACUAAGUCGUCUCAGUAAGGACCAGCUAAAGCUUCAAGAGAACCUGUACGAGGUUGUCACAUCUGAGCAGUCCUAUCUUCAGAGCUUGAUGGUGGCUGUGGAACAUUUUCAGGAAUCGUCAAUGCUGAAAGACGCUUUGGCACCAAGAGACAGAACGUCAUUGUUUUCUAGCAUCGCAAAGAUCAAAGAGAUCAGUCAAAGUUUCUUGGAUGUGAUGCUGCUGGAGCUGGCCUCAAGUGUAUUCUGCGAUGUAAUCUGUGAUGUUGUACACCAAUAUGCUCUUGGGCCCUUUGAUGCUUAUAUAAAUUACAUCCGUAAUAUGCCCUAUCAGGAGCAGACAUUACACAACCUUGGAAAAGAAAGUCCUCAGAUUGUGGAGAUCUUGGAUAAACUACAGGAAGACCCUCGAUGUAAUCGCCUACCCCUCAAAUCUUUCCUAUCACUGCCAUUUCAGAGAAUCACACGGCUUAAAAUCCUAAUGGAGAAUAUCCAGAAGAAGGCUGUUCCAGGGUCAAACUGUGAGGCCUCAGCAUUUAGAGCUCUAAAAGAGAUCUCCAGGCUACUGGAAGCUUGCAAUUGGCAGGUGGGCAGAAUGAAACAGAUGGAAGAAAUAGUGCAGAUUGCUAACAAGGUUGAGUUUGCGUGCAAGGCCCUGCCUCUUGUGUCUUCCUCCCGCUGGCUUGUGAAGCAGGGAGAUCUGGUGCAAAUCUCUUUGAAGGAAAACAUGUUUGGUCAGAGAAAACUGUGUCCUGUACUUCUGUUCCUCUUUAAUGAUCUGCUGCUGGUGGCCACCAGGAAAGGGUUGGAUCGGUUUGUAGUUCAUGACUACGUGCACCGCUCUCUGAUAGAAGUGACCGAGGGCAAAGAUCUGGAGGAGAAGCUGGAGGGAUGUGAGCUAAACCGAAUAUUUAGGCUUGUCCUUUUGCAUAAUCACCGGAACACCACCUCUCAUCUUCUGCUGCAAACAAAUUCAGAGUCAAGCUGA